CACGAUCUAAAAACUGCUUUUAAGCCCGUUAAUGUUGCUUGCAGUAUUUUGAUGUCAUUACCGUAUUAUCACUCCUUUAAAUGCUCUGUUGUAUUACAACUAGCUCACCUUUAAUUGUGUUGCAGGUUGCCAGAUAUUGGUGAUAUAACUAAUAACGUCGACUUCUCCUUUCGUGCGCUGCGGCCAGCGAGUUAGACUUUUGUUCCGUUUCUCGUCAGAGUUUCUGUCGGUGGCCCGGCUCAUUAAACUGCUGGAUCAUGGACAACGACAAGGAACGCACUAGCCUUCAGGAAUAUUUAUUGUUGUCCCAAAAGCGGAUGGAAUUGCCAGAACAGAGCCAGGCGAUCCACAUCGUCACGGGCAACGAAGCUUGCGAUCUGGAUUCCGCCGUAUCGGCCCUUGUCUACGCUUUCCACUUGUGGAAGACGGACAGUGCAAACAACGAUGCCGUGCUCCCGUUGCUGAAUGUUCCCAGAAAGGAUUAUGUUCUCAAGACGGAAGUGGCGUACGCCCUAACAAAACAAGGCAUCGAACAGUCGAAUUUGAUUUUUGCGGACGAUCUCGAUCCUGUUCGACUGCAUCAGGAACGCAGACUGCAGGUGACCCUGGUGGAUCAUCAUCUGCCGGUGGGAAAAUUUUCUGGCUUGACAGAUGCUGUUAAAGAAGUCAUCGACCACCGCCCCGUGGAGCAAGGAGAUAAGACUGCUUAUUUGAAGGAUAUUUCUUCUACUACGGAAACAGUUGGUUCAUGCUGCACGCUGAUCGCCGAGAAAAUUUUGGCUGCAUCUGAUGCGAAAUCAUUGACACCGGUGACCGCUUAUUUGCUGUACGAAACCAUCAUACUGGACACUGUGAAUUUUUCCAAGGACGCCCAAAAGGCCACGCAGAAGGACGAACAUAUCGCGGAUGAACUGCAGAAGCGGUUACCAACGGCUGCUGUGCGCGAUCAAAUUUUUUCAGAACUCGUGGAUGCAAAAUCCGACAUUUCCUGUCUCAAUACUGAGCAGUUGCUUCGAAAGGACUUGAAAGUUUUGGAUAUCCAGGAGAUAAAAAUCGCAGUCUCAUCGAUUCCAAAGCUUGUCCGCCACUGCUUGAAGGCUGAUGAUGCGCAAGCCGAAAUCGAAACAUUCUGCCGCAAGUACGAUUACACUGGAUUGAUUGUGCUGGGAGUUUCGAUCAAGGAUACCAGUGUGCAGCGCGAUAUGCUUUGUUUUGCACCGGACAUGUCUUACGUAGAUCUUCUCCUGGAUGAUUUGAACAAUGCUGAAGUGAAACUGGGCCUGGAGCGUGAUCCCACCUUUGGUAUACCGGACGGACGUUAUCAGUAUUUCAAACAGGGAAAUGUUAAAGCCUCUCGCAAGCAGAUACUCCCGGUGGUAAAGCAGAUAAUUGAACAGAGGCUGGCGGAUAUGCAUACCACCGGUCUCAUGGAAUCACCGCCGCGACCACCAUCAAGAUGUGGCGUUAUGGAAAACACCGAUGACUUCGGCGAUCAGAACGGAACUGCCUCCACGUUUUUCGCUACGGAACCAAUAUCACCGCAUGGAAUACCGCCGAAGGCUGCAAAACGGUUAGGAGAAAUGCUAACGCCGACGUCCACCCCCAACACAAACGUUACCGACAACGCGGACGGAUGCUACGAAUCUUUGUAUGGCCAAAUCGACUCCGACAGCUCCAUCGAUACAGAAAACACUGAGAACUCGGAAAACGACAUGCUGUCCUUGGAAGAAGCUCUGGCUCUGAAUAAAGAUUCCAUCGAAGUGAGAAAUACUGUGGCUCCGAGCUCUUUUCUGCGUCCACUGAAUAACUUGACCCCGAAUGGUCCAGUCAGUCAUUCACCGUUUCCCGGAUCGGACACAUCCGGAUCCUUGGAUACGCACUGCUUGCCUACACCACGGCAGACUCGGACCCGGCCGCAUAUGCAUUUGGAGCGGGGAGACGUGCUGGACGGUGGUUCGGGCGCUGGUACACCAGUUACACCGGGAACCGGCACGGAACCAGUAAAUGCCGGUGAACGCACCGGUUGGUCAUCGGCAUCAUCAUUAAGCCCGGCGACUCCGAUGGCACAGUGGUCGCAACCUCCACUCGCGAGACCUAAUGUUAGUGCGCCGGAAAUGACCGGAGAAUUUCUGCAUCAUGAUACUCCAAAAGAUUCGGAAAAGGUCACAGAUGAUCAUCCCACGGAGAAUGAAGCUGAUACGGAUAAGGAGAAUUCGGGUGACGUAACCGUGCUAAUGGAUGCUUCAUUUUCCGCGGAUGAUAGCAGUGGUGCUCCAAAAUCAGCCGUUGGAACAUUUCACGUGGUCACCAGUGUAGUGCGUCUGCAAAAUUCCAACAGACCAAGAAUUUCUGAAGUCAUGGAUGUGGAAACGUUUCCGCCAUCGAUCCCGGGUUUAGUUAAUGAAAAAAACGAACGACAAAUCAGAAUGCACAUCACCCUCGGAGAAAUCUGGUGUAGUUGGAGAAGAUGCCGACAUUAAUUCUCUUCGCUUGACAAAUGAAGAAGAACAAAGUCCACCGGUCAAAAAGCGUUUCUUGGAUGAAGUCGACGGAGAGCCUGCAAAGAAAUUCGCGCCACAGGAACGAUCAUAUACUCCGAUAGGUCAUGAAAAUGCGGAACCUUACGAGAGG